GUGUGAGAGGGUGAGUUCUACCAGCACCACCACCAAAAUGAGGAAGGUGAACGUGCGCGCUGCCAAGACUGACCUCAGGUCCAACCUCUGCUGCUGACAUCACUCCUCCUCACGGCUCGUCGCCUCAGCCUGGAGUCCCAUCAAGGUCUGAGUCUCCCGCUGUGACCGAAGGAGGCGAUGCCUCGACACCAUUCAUUCUCAGGCAGGCGCUCACUCAGGACAGGCACACACACACACCGCUCAUCAUCACCUACGCCGUCACCAUCAUCAUCGUCGUCAUCAUCACUACUAUCAUCAUAGCCGGACAAACUGUGAAGCGAAGUGAAGUGUGAGGAUGACAGAAGAAAGCAGGGGCAAACGGAGGAAACAAGCAAACCCCAGGAGGAACCGAGUGGAUGCUGAACAAGUGACUUCACUGGGAUCUGAAGGGGAGGAUGAGGUGGGUCUGUGGAGCCUGGAGCCCCAGGACUGCCAGGAGAGCCUGGACAAGACGAGCCUGACACCCAGCGAGGGGACGGAGGAGGCCAGCAGUCCUGCCCGCUCCACGCAGCCACACAGCCUCAGCCCCAGCAGCAGGAACUACUGGGUGCAGGUGGAGCCAGAGGCUGAGGCUGCCGAGGACACCAUUACUGCACCCACCAGUGACAGGGAAGGAGACCAUGAUCCACUGAGGAUGUACUGUAAGAACUCAGACUCCCAGAAUGCCUUGGAGGACCUGGCUCAUUAUGAAUUUUUGGCCCAGCUCAAGAAGGCUUCUACCUCUGCCAGUCUCUUGGACCAUCUGAACCACAACGGCACAGCAGCUGUGUAUCACCAGGGCAGCAAACACGAUGACCUCCCGCCUGCCAUCUGGUCACCGGGAGCUCAGCACUGCUCACCUGAGGCCGCAGAUGCAGGAAGGAACCAGCAGGUUUGUCCGUUCUGCCACAGGAUGUUUCAGCGAGGAGCCACUCUGAGGGAGCACAUAAAGUACUGUCAAGAGAGGGAGGGGGGCCACAUGGUCUGUCCACUCUGUGGAUACACUGCCCCCCUUAGGGCACAGAUGGAGCAGCACCUGGCACUUCACAAUCAGAUGCAGGACAAGAGUCCCAUCACGCUGGAUCAAGGCAUGGAAACCAGGAAGUUCAAAUGUCUCCAGUGUGGGAAAGCCUUCAAGUACAAACACCACCUCAAAGAGCAUCUCCGCAUCCACAGCGGUGAGAAGCCGUACGAGUGCUCCAACUGCAAAAAACGCUUCUCUCAUUCCGGCUCUUACAGCUCCCACUUGAGCAGCAAAAAGUGCCACAGUGGAGGAGGCAAUGGAGGGGGAAAUCCAGGAGGAGCCAGUGGGGCAUUUAAUGGACAUAGCCAAAGCCCCUACCACCACUCAUUUCUCCCAUCUCCCUCUGCAGGCAGAGGGAGGAUCGGUAAUGACAAGGACUCGCCUUUGUCUUCACAGAAUCAAGAUAAUUCCAGAUCCCUGGGCAGAGCACCAGAGGAUCCUCAUCAGCUUUUGUUGCAGGAUAGCAACCAGAACCCCACUGGCUUUCCCAAAGCGUUGGAUCUGGCUCAGCUCUGGGACCCCUCGGCAGAGCUUUCUCUGAGGGCCAGUAUCCUGAAAGAGACCAACCUGCUACCUUAUCCUUACUCUGGCACCAAGUUUGAGCAGAUGCUGCAGGAGAUGCUGCACAGGGAGGUGAAAAAAGAGGAGGACAUGGAAAGAGGUGGAGCCGUAGCAGAGGAAAAGCGGCUCAUUCACAACGGAGGGCCCGACAAGAAACUGUCGCCUGAAAGAAGGAGAGAGUCGGGUGAAGGGGAGAGAGGUGUGCUCGGGGUGACGUGUCGCUGGUGCUCACAGCUUUUCCCGAAUGUGGCAGUGCUGCUUCAGCAUGAGCGCUACCUCUGUAAGAUGAACCGCGAGGCAGUGGAGAUGCCCGAGGGUCUUCGAGGCAAAGACCACUCCUCGCCACCUGUAUUCUUACCCCGACCUGCUCUUCACCCAGAGAACAGCAAACCGUGUGAGGUAAUCAACGGCCUCUCUGGAAACAAGUCGCCGCUGCACAAGCCCAGCUGGCAUUCUGUCACACAGCAGCUUUUGGUGGCAAUGCACUCCCCACCGCCACAGCCUCGCCAGGACGUCCUGUCCUCGCGUGCAUAUUGGUCCAGCCAGGAGAAGAUAAGCCCGAGCCAAUCGAUCAUCCACUCUCCAGAUCUGUCAUCACCCAGAGCCAGAAGAAGAGUUCCCUCCUCUGGAUUCAGCUCUCCUGUCUGCCUCGACCUGACUAGCUGUCCUCCUGAAAUCUCCUCACCUCAGAACCAGACCGGCAGCUCUUGGUCUGCACAGAAUGAACCUCUGGACCUCUCCCUGCCCAAGCAGCUCUCAGACCAUGAACGGAAGAACAAAACUGUCAAUGGCAGCUCGUCCAGAGGUGACAAGAGAGAGUUUGGGAGCCAGCAGCUAAAGAGACUCAUGUCCAACUUAAGUCCCACAUCACAUCUACCCUUUCACCACCAUCCGGUCUACAGCGGGGCCAGAGCUCCGGUGUUUCCAGGAUCCCUGUACAAUGGUUUUCCUAUCAUCAACCAGUCUGGUUUAGGGCUUUCAGGACAUGAUGCCACUGCAUCGAUUCCCUUCAGCCAGCCAGCUAAUAGCUCUGGAUUUCUCUCCCCUUUGACUUACAUGAUGGAGGCGGACGCAGAGGCCACACUGAAGAAGAUCCAACAUGAAAGACAAGCUCUGAUGGGCGACGUAUUAAGCCGAGGAGCUUUGGAAUACCUCUCGCUAAUGGAUGAAGGUCUAGAGGGAGAGGGUGGGCCAGGGAGGAAGAGGCUGAAGAAGACGGAUGAGGGGAUGUACGCCUGUGACAUUUGCGAAAAAACCUUCCAGAAGAGUAGCUCGCUGCUUCGACAUAAAUAUGAGCACACAGGCAAACGUCCCCAUGAGUGCAAAAUCUGCAACAAGGCCUUUAAGCAUAAGCACCAUCUGAUCGAGCACAGCCGGCUGCACUCCGGAGAGAAACCCUACCAAUGUGACAAAUGCGGCAAGCGCUUCUCUCACUCCGGCUCGUACUCGCAGCACAUGAACCACCGCUACGCUUACUGCAGCAAAGACCAGGAUCCAGACCAGGAACACGAGGAGAUGCCUUUCACCCCUCGAGCGGACGGUGUUCUCACGGGCCGGCUGGCUGACGAGGCCCCUCUGUCUGUGGAGGACGCCCAAACUCCUCAUUUAUUCCUCAGCGACUCCAGUCUGGAUGGAGCUACGGAGGGAUUCAAAGAGGAGGAGGAGGAGGAGGAGGAGGAGGAAGGUAAAGAGGCAGGAGUUGGCGAUGGUCACGUGGAAGAGGCAAAUGAGGAUUUGUCAGGGGAGCUGUUAGAAGAGUUCACCGUUCAAGGUUCGCCAACAAGGGAGCACAAAGAGCUGCAUGAGAGAGACACUUGCGAUGAGGGAAACCAUGUUGACGAUGUCGACGGCGACAUGUGGGACAAAGGCACUGAGGAGCAGAGUGGAAAUGUAGACAAAUAUGAACCAAGCCCGGAUGUUACAGAUUUACCCAAUAGAAAAACCUAAGGUGACCUUAACAAGCCAAUGCAAUGCAUAUACUGUACAUAUAAAAGACUUUUGAUACUUUUUUUAAAAAUCUUUU